AUGAGAGUAAAAAUAAACGAAUGGCGUACAUUCAGUCAUUGGAAGUGGGAUGGCUGUGACGUUGAAGACUUAUGUGGUAUUUGCCAGAACUACUUAGAUAAUAGCUGUCCAAAUUGCAGUCUACCCGGUGAUGACUGUCCAUUGAUAUGGGGAAAGUGUAAUCAUACCUUCCACAUGCAUUGUAUACUCAAAUGGCUCUCCUUGGAGUCCUCAAAAGGACAGUGUCCUAUGGAUAGACAGCAAUGGGAAACUCAAUGAAGAUCUACUAUACCAUCUUGUGCACCAACCGCCAUCAUGUCGACGACGACGACGACGUCAGACGAUAAAUCUUUUAAAUCUGCUAAAUCUACGUAUAAUAAUUAUUUAUUAAAUUUUAAUUUUAAUUCAAAAUAUGUCAAAACGUCGGUAGAAGAGCUCGUUGACAUCCC